ACAGUGCACGUGGCUCGUUGCUCGCGUUGGCAUUAGUUCGCGUUACGACACUGCAAAGUUAACUACGAAGGAAGAUCGCAUAGAUGAUAGCAAGUGACUAAAAGUAAAAAAUAUUCCAUAUUAUAAACGACUGUGUGUUAAACGAUGUCCAAGUUCAACGACAAAUCCGGCGUACAACUUUCAAACUUGGAAAAAUUGAAGAGGUUACGAGCAAGGGUCAAUUGGGAAGUCGAAAAAGAUCGACAGGGUUUUUUCCGUCAACUCUACCCUUUAUUCAAAAAUUGGAAGGGCCUACUUCCAAAUCUUCGAGAUAUUUUCCAGCCCGAAGAAAUUGAUUGGAUUCUCUCCCAAGCUGUGAAAAACAUAGAAAAUGAUCGAGGACAACGAAUUAUUGAGUUUUUGGUCGACACCGGCUACAAAGACGAGCCCAAAGUUGAUGAAAACGGCAGACAAUCGCUGCGUCGUACUACACCAGUGCAUCAUGUGGCUAGACGCGAUCGGAAGGUCAUCGGUAAGCUUAUUCAAAGCUCAAGGAGGAUGAUCCCUAAGCUUUUUAUUAUAUACAAUAGAUUCGAUGUAAAUUACAUCGACGAGCUGGGGUAUACACAUUUUCAUGUGGCUUGCUUGACGGGAUGUUACGAAGUUGUCGAAAAAUUCCUCAAGCUUGGCCAGGAUGCCAAUUGCUUCACGGAAAAUUCAGUGGAUCCACCGCUUCAUUUGGCUCUGAUUCAUAAUAGAAAAGAAGUGUUACGAUUGCUGCUGGAAUACAGAGCCGAUCCAAAUUUGCUCAAUACGAACGAGUUGGCGGCUCUUCACAUCAUUUGUAAGAAAAGCGUCGACGAUUGUGUGUUGGCGAAUAUGUUAUUCGAGUUCAGUCACGACCAAUACAAGCCGCUGCAAGUCAAUGUUCUGGACAAGUCGGGUGACUCAUUGCUACACGUGGCCUUAUCUCGUGAACGCAGUGAUUUGUUCAGGUUACUGCUGAGAAAUGGCGUGGACCCGAAUUUGGCCAACGCUGAAGGAUGGACACCGAUGCAGAUAAUUUGCCGGGAAAGAAAUGCUGAUGAGUUGUUGGAGAGAUUUUUCGAUCUCAGCAACGAUCAAUAUCAGCCGGUGCGAGUCAAUGCUCAGGACAGGUUGGGUAGAACACUGCUGCACGUGGCUCUGAGUCGUGGCCACAUAAACUGGGUCAAAUUUCUUCUGAGAAAUGGCGCCGAUCCAAAUUUGGCCAACGACGACGGAUUGACACCUUUGCACUUCUUAAGCAAGAGUGACUAUGGUGAUAAAAUGGCGGAGACCUUCUUCAAAAUCUGCGACGAAAAAUAUCAAACGUUGCAAAUCAAUGCUCAGGACAAAAUAGGAAAAACACCACUACAUUAUACACUGGCCGAUGGCUGUAAAAAACAGAUUCUUCGAGUGCUUCUGAAAAAAGGCGCGGAUUCAAAUUUAGCCGAUGAAGAGGGAUUAACACCGACGCACGUUGUUUGCAAGAGAAAUAACGACGAUAAAUUAGCCGAGUUAUUCUUCGAGAUCAACGACGACAACCAGCAGAUAGUGCAGGUCAAUACACAGGACAAAUUAGGUUGGACGCCACUACACUAUGCACUGGCCAAUAAUGGUAAAAACUCUGUCCGAGCACUACUGAGGAGAGGCGUCAGCCCGAAUUUAGUCAAUGCUGAGGGAUCGACACCUCUGCACAUUGUUAGCAAAAGAGGAAAAAAUUCUCUUGUUUUGGCAACGAUGUUAUUUGAGAUGUGUGACAACAGACGCCAGCCGGUGCAAGUCAACGUCCAGGAUAAUUUGGGUAACACACCGUUGCACUUGUCCGAGGCCAAGUUAAAUGAUGACGUGUCCAAAUUGCUGUUGAGAAGAGAUGCCGAUCCGAAUGUGGUUAACAAGGAGGGAUUGACUCCUCUUCACAUCAUUUGCGACGAAUCACAUGAUUUUGGAUUGGCAAAGACAUUUUUCAAGAUCAACGACGACAGAAAUCAGUUAGUAGAGGUCAAUGCGAAAGACAACUUAGGUCGGACAUCGCUGCAAUUAGCUGUAGCGAAUCUCUUGACCGAUGUGGUUGAUUUACUCUUGGAUCAUGGUGCUGAUCUAUCUAGCUUCUUUUUUCCCCCUGCGAGCUCUUUUGGACUGGGAUUUGAGAUAAGGCUUGAAAAAAGUAUUAAUUUGAAACAAGUGUCUAGUGCGCUGAUUAUCAUCGAGCGCCUAGAGAGAAGAGGAUACGAACUAGAUCAAACAGAUGCUCUCACGAUGAUGAAGUUUUUUACCAAAUACGAAGUGUUUGAGAAGUCGACGAAUCUCGUAAAAUCUUGGUGUAAGGACAUAGGCUUCGCGAGAGAAGCGAAAAAAGUAAAAAUACGUCCGGAGCUGUCUCUCUACGACCUCUUUCUGUUACGCCCCGAGGAAACAAAGAAACUAGUCACUUAUACGGAAUACUUCAAGUUGGCAAACUCUGCAGCGUGGCGGUACAUCCCCGAAGCGUCUAUCCAACCUUGUGUUUUGAAUCUGUGCGAGAAACAAUUGAGACGAUUCUUUCGGCAAUGGGCACUGGAAUUUUUUUUGAUAUUAAUAUGGAACCGGUUGCCAAUUGAGUGCUGUGAUAUGAUCCUCGAUGAGGAGUCACUUACGAACAAAGAUUUAUAUCAUAUUUGCUUGGCGGCUACCGGCCAAAGCUAG